GUUUUGACACGUCAUUUUUCAUUCACUUGAAAUUCUCCGCUUCAUCUUCCUCCAACUCGCGGAGCAAACCUCCGUUCUAACACUUCUGAUUCUCUUUUGCCGUUUCAUAAAUUUCAUGUGUUAUCAUAACCCAAACGACAUAUAUCUCCCUUUUUUCUUCUCCCCUUCACUCUAUCUAUCCAUCAAAAUCUACGGACGAAGACGAAUCAGAAUCGCUCUGGCCCCCACAAGCCACCUUCGUCGCAACAUGCAUCAUCGGCGACCUUAACGCCAACGACAUCGGAGGCUGAACAGCACGAACGUAAUUUUCUCUUAUGUUAAAUAUCAAAAAGUCAAAGACUUUUUCAUGCUCAUAUAAUAAAAAAAGGAAAUCUUUUUGUUCAAAGAAUCAUAACUUCGAGAAAAGUAUUGAACUUUGUGAUGAUUGAGCGAAGAUGGAGAGACUGAGAGAUUGUAUAAAUGAAAUGGUGAAGUUCACACUUACUCACCGUUCAGGUUUCGAUUUAGAGCUUACCGGAGAUUUCUGCUCCGGUCUUCUCUCCGGCGACUCGCUUCUUCACGCCGGUGAUGAGACUGUAGAAGCAUUUGCAGGUGUUCCUGAGUAUCCUCUGUACAAGCGUCUAGCUUUAAGCCUCUUGAAAUCGAUUGCUUCUGGUUGUUUCUGUGGGGGUUUUGAGAAGGUUUCGUUGGGGAAAGAGGUUACCUGGUUGAAGGAGAAAGAGGAGGAGUGGAGCAACAUGAUAACCCAAAAGGGUUCUGAGUUAGUCAACGCCUUGAAGUAUAUAGCUUGUGAGCUUCAAGUUCAAGAGCCCUUAUUCUUUCUCAUGAAAGAUGGUGUCAAAACUGUUGAGGCGAGGUGUUUUGAAGCGGAGUAUGAUAGAGUUCAACAGAGAGGCUCUCUGGUUAUGAUAAAUAAAUGUCUCCUAUUUGAAGUUAUGGAAAUGCACAAAUAUUCAUCUUUCUACGAGCUGUUAAAAGCUGAGAGUCCAGAGAAAGUCUUCCCGGGAACCAAUACACUUGAAGAAGAUAAGCUUCUUUCUUUAUCUCAAUCCCUAGCCAUUACCUUCUGUGUAAGUUAAUUUCUCUAAUGGUUUUCACAUUCUUAGGUAUGCAAAUGUUCAAGAAGUUGUGUGAUGUUGUUGAUCAAGAGAAGAAGAACAACGGUGUUGUUGCAAUCCAUCUUAGUAAAUCAGUUUCUCAGGCUUGUGUAGCUUUGUCUCACAUACUCUCUGUACGUUCUAGCUUUUUCCAUGUCUCUACUUCUGUUGUUCAUAUGAUUCAUUCUCUUAUGCUUCUUCCAAAAACUACAGGGGUUAGGAAAGCUAGAAAACUAACCUUUACAGAUAUUGAGUGUGAACUUCUUCAUGUUAUUAUCGUGUCACACUAUACUGUAUUUGCAGCACUGUUUGUAUAAAGUUACAAGAAUAUAGUACUGCUAAAA